AAAAAAGAGGGGACGGGACGGGGGAUCGGUUGUACCGUGGUCUCUGAAUCCGUCGAAUGUCUCUCUCUAUAUCCUGUCCAUGCCUCCGGCCUCGAUGCGUCCACCAGCGGCGGCGAGGACUGGCCCUUGGAUACGGGGGAUGUAGCCGCGGUCGGGGCGUUCGCCUCUCACCGUCGGGUGGCCGGAAAAUCUCGUCGAAGCCGAUCGCUAGCUAGGGUUUGUCACCCCCAAGCUUCCAGGGUUUCGUGGGCUGUGAGGGCGAGUGAGAUGCAGGAGCGAUUGAUGGCGCAGGCGCUGCUCAAGGCUCGCCAGGGACUGUCCAGAGUGGCCGCCGUCUGCUUGGCUGUCCCCUGGCCCUGGGUCAAUCACCCCAUUGACCAGCACAGAACGCUGGACGGCUAAGGGAGAUAUUUCUGAGCCAUGUGAAGCUGUUUGUGGAGAACGACGCACUGGCAGGGCAAUCUCCAUGGUUGCGUGCUCAUUGCCUUAGCCUCAAUCUUUUCUCAUAGUCAAACCAUGCCUUGGUCCUAGGUUCAUGAAUGUUUCUUCAGCUAAAUCUGCAAUAUUGUUCUGUCUACUGGAAAAUAAGAUUAUUUCUCUGAUAUUAAUACGAUUUUACCCAGUUUGUAACUAGCCACCUGGGCAACAUUGUGAUUAGUGGCUCCAAAAAAUAUUACUCAUGCGGAGUUUUUGUGGAUUUGACCAUUAGUUGGUGCAAAGAAAAUAUUUCAGGCCACUUUCCUUCUAAAAUCAAGCUUGUUAUGUUUUCGAUCACCAUGAGCUUCACGAUAAUUGAUCUAAAUUAUGUUUACUUCAUUCCUGCUUUAUAUCUCUAAUUUAUAUCAUUUAUGCAUGGCUGGUAUGUUUCUCACCAUGAUCUUCGCUGUAUAGUACCACUGUAAGAUGUUUCCAUAUAUUUUUCACUCCCUCCAAUCCAUAUUAAUUGUCGAAAUAUUACAUGUAUCUAGACACUUUUUAGGCAUAGAUACAUCCAUAUUUGGGCAAAUUUGAGACAAAUUAAUAUGGAUCGGACGGAGUAAUUUUGUUCCUGCUUUGUGUCUCUUAUUUACCUGAUUGAUCUGUCAGUUGACAUUGUGUGAUCAUUUCUGAAUAGAAAUUUCUUCUGAAUAAUACAGAUUACUGGAAUUGUGUCCACACUUGAUCUCUCUGUUGCAAUGAUUGUUCGUUAACUGUUACCACUUCUCGAUCAUUCCUGUGAUUGUCUAGAAAAAACAUUUCUUAGAUGAUCUUUAAAGGUAAUUUAGAUUUAGGACAGCGAUGAAAUCACACCGUUGUUAUACUUUCAUUGUUUUUGUUUUUUGCAGGAACAAGUUCUGGCCCAUUUCUUUGAUGAUCUUAAAAGCUAAUUUUGAAGGAUGUUGGGUGUAGAGCAAUGAUAAAUCUGCAAUAGUAAGAUUAUCUGGCCCAUACUUGUCAGGUUACCAAUCUGGAUUUUCGUAAAUACUUUGGUUUUUCUGAAAAGAAGGUUGCUCCAUACAGAAUUUGUACCUUUAUUGGUAUGGUCUAACUGCAUUUAUUUCAGUAUCCAGCUCCUCCAUCCCAUAUGAGUGCCUAUGAUAAGUUUCUAUUUGCUUAGCCCAUUCCAGUUUUCUUGAUCAAGUUCUGUCCUCAGGAAAGAUGGGUACAGCACUGAGAAGAGGCCUUCAAGUUGAAGUCAGCUACAAGGCAACAUGGUGUUGUAGUUAUUAGUACAUGCUCUUCAUAUGUUUCAUAUCUGAUCAAAUGACAUUGAUGGCCUUUUUUUAGCAACAUGGACACUUUUUAGCUCCCCAGCUGGACAUUCUCUUAAGCUACUUGAUUAUCUUUGUAAGAACUUAAGGGAUGUGUUUCCAUAUCCAACUAAGAAAGGCUCCAGAGGAGUUAGAGAAAGCAACAUUCAGACAAUUCAAUGCACCAGCAACACCUCCAUGGUUGUAAAUAUAGUUCUUCUUUGCUAUGAUAAAAUUAGAUUGUCCUGUAUUGCACGGGCUAUCUUUGUGAGGAAUAUGCAACUUCAUCUAUUGCCAAGGCUCAAGACCAAAUAAAUACAAGUACAAGGAGGAGAUAAACUAGAAAUUUUAAAUAUUAAUUUUGAGCCAAAUAUUCUACCCAAAUUUUACCGUAAUUAAUUCAUCAGUUAUGAUGCUCAUGACAUGUUCUUGUUCCACCUGCAAUUUUAUUGAGCUGAAUUAUUGCCAAUUUUGCUGCAGUCGGCACCUUCUAUAUACUAAUUUUGCCGCAGUCAGCAUCUCGUACGUGCGGAAGGGAAUCUGGAGGCCCAUGCCUAUUAUGACAGUGCUUCAUGUGAGCGUGAAUUAAUCCAGUUUACUGCUCCUGUAGGUUUGUUUGCAUCUAAUGUGAGUUUUUAGUUUACAUGCUUCCUUUAUCUAAUGGAACUCCUCAAUCGAUGAAGAUAUGACUAUAAUUGAUAUUUAUUUAGGUCAUACCAUUUCUCUAAAUUAGUCUAUAUGAAGAAGAUAAUUCCCCAGCUUUAUUCCUGUCAUUUGAAGUAAAUUAUGCUGACAAAUGCAUUGAAUUCAUAUUAUAAUGGAAUGCUUGGCAUGCUGUUCUUUGUUCUGGAAACGUGAAGUUUGUUUGGCAGGUUGUUUUAAGCUCCACCAUGUUGUAUGAAUGACUGGGUGUAAAAGACACUUAGGCACUGAUUAGGGUUGAAAGCAUGUUUGGAUGGAGUAUGGAUAAUUUUGUCUCAGCAUAGUUUUGUACUUUUGUUCAAGUCAGGAAGCGGCACUAUUGCGUUGCUGACUAGCUAAUUAUCUGGUUACAUUAUGAAGGACCAAGAACACAGGAUUUGAAAAAGCACAUGAUUAGGAAAAACAGAAUAAUUGGAGUGUCGUAUCUCACAAAUCCUAUCGGGAUAGAAAACACAUGAAUGUUUGGAGGGAACUGUUACUUGAAGGGAGGGGUGGAAAAGAAAAUGUGAGAUUGUCUCAGACUUCUCAAAAGAAAAUAUCUGUGCGGUUUGAGCAAAUAUUGGAUUUCCUCUCAAAUGUAUAGAGGAAUGAGGAGAUUGCUGCAUGAAUUUUUGGGAGCUGUUUCUGUUGGAAUUUUUGUUAUUCCAACAAUUCAUUGUCCCGAAGGGCUUAUAGGAACUUUAUCCAUAGGAUUGGAAUCCUACAAAGUUCCUCUACUUCUCCUUUGUUCUAGAUGGGGUCUAAGUAGUUAUUUCAUCCUUUGUUCUUUGUCGCUACAUUUUCUCUCACUGAUGCAGGGGUAUUUUAAGCUCUUGACUUAAAAAAUUUACUAUCUGUACUUAAUGUUUCUUCAUCAACACGUACCAAACAAACCUUCAAGGGACAACUGAUGAUAAAAUCAAGGCCAGGGAAGUGGUGGAAGAAUUAAGAUCUAAAAGGCCUGACAUGCGGGUAUUGUGACCACGUGUUACUAAAUAAAUAAUGCAGGUUACGCUCUUGCUUGAUGCCUUUAACAAGGACAGCUUCAAUAUCUCAGCCUACUUCAGCGGUGAUGGAGACGGAGUCAAAGGCGCUGGAGGCUGUGGCAGCGGCGCGAGGUCUAGACCCAUUGCCGCCUUCUCUGCAGUGCGGCACAUGUGGGCGCACCCUGGAUCGCACUGGCAUGCACCCGGAUCCGGAGCUCAUCCGCUGUCGGCCUCCUCACUCCUCAGCACAGGCUUCAGGCAGUCCACCUCGCUGUCGGCGGACGGUGGCUGGGAGGGGUAACUUCAGUUUCUCAGUGAAACGGAAGACCACUGAAACAUUUUGUAGUGGGCGCACUCGUCUGUUUUUGCUGGCACCAUUGCGAGAGCAUGGUGGAAGCACUUGGCGAUGUGGAGCAUAUAUAGAAGCGCAUGCAAGGCGCGAGAUAGCGAAGCCGCCGGUGGUGUAUCAUCAUGGUUGCCGGAGCAGCACGGAGUUGUGUGCAAGAAAGUGUGGUAAAUGGUAGCCAGAACGAGAUAUUCAGUGAAACGGGCCAUCCAGAACCAGAAGUGCCUGUCAAAUUAAGCUUCGGUGUGGACGAGCAAGAUUAGGUUCCCAUCGGCCGUGCAGAAUCGAUCGAUCCACUAUAUAUACAAGUUGGCAUUGGAUCAUGGACGCAGCGCCACUGAGUGUCCUCACUCUGUAUCGGCCAGCCGGAGAUAGCUAGGACGCCAUGGGCACCGCCGCAGACGACAUUGUCAACAACCUCUUUCCCCCAAGCCCGGCUCCCGCCCCGUCAGAUGACACCGCCAGCGCCGACGACGUCGUGGAGAUCGAGUGCUUCGUCAUCGCCGGCGUGGUGGCACUCUCCCUCCUGCACGUGCUCGGCUCCCUCCGCCGGCGGUCGAGCCUCAAGCUCCUCCACGCCGCCGUGGGCCUGGCCCACACGCAGUCCUACGCGCUGGCGAGCUACACGCUGGGCCAGAUCAUGUCGUCCAAGGCUGACGACGCGCUCCCCGGCGUCGCCGAGUUCCCUGUGUGGGCCGCGUGCCUGCUCCUGCUCCUCGCUGGCACCGACGGGCUCACGGCCAGCGGCCUCGGCGAGGUCGAGGGGUGGAGGGCCGCAUACACGGGGUUCCUCGUCCAGGGCACGUGGGUGGUGCUCAUCGUCGUCUUCUUCGGGCCCGGGACAGGGUACCUGGUGCCGCUCUGCCUCAUCGUCUUCGUGGCCGGCGUCAAGGCGUACGCACGGGUGGCAUCGUUGAGGAUGGUCGGCGACAAGCACCGGCUCUGCGAGAGCGUGAAGCCGGUCGCUGACUACAUGGAGCGCGAGCACCGGCUGCCGAUGAAUUCUGGUCAGAGACCUGACCCCAUCAGCUUGCAAGGUUAUCGGUACGUCGUCGCCGGUGAACUGAGGAAGAAAUACGACAAGACACCCGAGUUAAGGAAUUUGGCUUUUGGAGGAACCAUCCGAGGAACUUCGCGAAGCUCACCAUCUCUAUUUUCAAGCUGCCUCUCACUUCAACGUUGCAGUCAUUUACUACAAUCUUCGUUUAAUUCCUUCCGUAAUAGGAGAAAGGAGGAGGACGCCAACAUCAUCACCGUGGAGCAGAUCUGGCGGUGCACUGGGAGCGUCCUGCGCUCCGAGAGGGGCUCGCAGCUCAAGGACGUGUGCCUCUCCAUGGCAUUGUCCAAGAUGCUCAACCGAAGGUUCACAGACUCCCCGCUCGCCGAGGCAGGGCUGGAGAAAACCCAUGACUUCGUGUUCCAAGGCCUGCUCGCCGGAGACGGGCCGCACGAGCGGGCGUUCAGGGUCAUCGAGGUAGAACUUGCUUUCGUCCAUGAUUUGUACUACACGAGAUACCCUUACCUCUACCACAUGGGCCAGUACUUGGCGCUCUCUUUGCCCGUCGCCAUGAUCAUCCUCUGCUCGUGGCUCGCCUGCCUGCUCUACCGGAAUUUCCAGAAACACAGCCCCGAUAGCAUCUACGCGGGCACAACGAUGGUCCUGAUGUUCGCCGUGGCGUUCUUGGAGGGAUUCCAGAUGUACCUGUACAUGGCCUCCGGUUGGUUUAAGGUGGCGUUGAUCCGGAGCUACGUCACCAGACCUGUGUUGCAGAGAGAAGGCUGCUCUUUGUUCCAGGUGAUCAUCAUCAGGCUCCUGUUGAGCUUCAAGGCGGUCCGGCCAUGGGAGGAGAAGCUCGGGCAGUACUCGCUCCUCCACGCUCUCCACAGCUCCGGCCGGAUCACCAACUGCUUCCGCUGCUUGACCCUGUUCUUGCUCGACAAGGUCGACAAGGGGCGAAAGAGAGGGAAGCCCGUGAAGCAGUCUGCACAGGUGAAGCAAGCCGUCAUCGAUUCCCUCCUGGAAAGCGACGGCCAUCUCACGAAAGGCGUAAGGUCCCUGCAGAACAAUGGCGUCCACGGGCAGCUCUCGUGGGCCUGCGACGAAGGGACCGUGACCCGGACCAUACUGGUCUGGCACGUCGCCACAGACCUGUGCAAGCACCAGCUGGAUGCGCAAGCCAAAGAGAAGAAGCGGAAGCGGCUGUCCGAAGAAGAAGAAGAAGAUAGCACGGCGGUUGACGCGGCAGCCUCGGUGGCCUCCGACUUGUCGCGGCACUGCGCGUACCUCGUCGCCUUCGAGCCCGGCCUCCUGCCGGAUCACAGGUCCGUCUCGGCGUCGGCGCUCGACGGAGCCAUCGACGAGGCGCGCAAGCUGCUCCGAGGCGCCAGGAAGAUGAGCAGAAAGUGCGAGCAGCUUAUGGGCAUCGUGGACGCCGGCAACGGCGUGGGUGGCGGCGAUGACGGUGAGGUGCCCGUCGUGGUGCUGGGAGCUCGGCUCGCGAGGCAGCUGAACGAGGACGUCCGGGACCCGGCGGUGCGGUGGAAGGUGCUGGCUGAUUUUUGGGCGGAGAUGAUGUUGUACGUCGCGCCGUCUGAUGAUGCACGGGCGCACCUGGCGGCACUGGCCGGAGGUGGGGAGUUCGUGACGCACCUCUGGGCGCUGCUCACGCACGCAGGCGUGCUGAAGCGUGGCACUCCUCGUCCUUCUAGUUCUGGGUCGCUAGCUGCCGUCUGAUCGAUCGCUCCAACCAGACAUGCAUAUAUGUACCGGCUGACAUAUGUCGCGUGCUAUCUCGCGAUGCAUCUAUAUACACGGUAAGUAAGUACGCGUGCGAGAGCGAUGUAUGAUGCAUGGUUUGGUUUUGCUCGGACAACUACCGCCGUGCUAUCGUGGCUCUAAUUUUUAUUACUCCCUCGGAACAUCCAAGACAUUUAUUAUGGAUUGGAUUGGAGGGAAUAGUUGUUUCAUAGAUCUAUACUCUCAUACCAUGUAAUAUAAUAAGAUUAUAUUGUCGUUGAGAGAUAACACCAGAAUUAAGAGAUUUCGACGAGGGUGUAAGGGAUUUGCAAAA